CCCUGAUCCUGCCCACCUGCCUUGCUCACCUGGACUAUGGCUGUUAUCAAGGAGACAGAGCAGUGGCCUAUUUUCACCUAAUCUUGACACGGAUUUGCUUCCCUCCGUCCAAUUGGAGCAAACAGCUGGGAGGGACUGUUGCUCAAUUACACCCUUUAAAAGCUCUCUUCUCUCCACCCUGAAGAAGAAUUUCAGAGUGGAAGAGGCAGCACGGUGAAUCCUUGGGCUAUUGCCUGAUCACAUCUGCAGUCUUCACAGCCUAGUCCUAACAUUCCUGAAAUUGGGAAACCAGCCAUGGCAAAGAAGAGAGUUGCAAUUAUAGGAGGUGGCUCCAGUGGACUUUGUAGCAUCAAAUGCUGUUUAGAUGAGGGUCUAGAUCCUACAUGCUUUGAGAGCAGUGAAGACAUUGGGGGGCUCUGGAGGUUCAAGGAGAAUCCUGAGGAGGGACGGGCCAGCAUCUAUAGAUCUGUCAUCAUCAACACCUCCAAGGAGAUGAUGUGCUUCAGCGACUUCCCCAUCCCAGACGACUUCCCCAACUACAUGCACAACUCCAAGAUUAUGGAUUAUUUCCGAAUGUACGCCAAGCACUUUGAUCUUCUGAAAUAUAUCCAUUUCAGGACUAAGGUGUGCAGUGUAAAAAGGCGCCCAGAUUUCUCUAGCACUGGCCAAUGGGAUGUUGUCACAGAGACGGGUGGAAAAGAAGAAUCAUCCGUCUUUGAUGCAAUCCUGGUUUGCACUGGGCAUCACACAAAGGCACAUCUGCCGCUGAACUCCUUCCCAGGAAUUGAAAAGUUCAAAGGUCGCUACUUUCACAGUCGUGAUUACAAGAGCCCAGCUGAGUUUGCUGGGAAAAGAGUAAUUGUGAUUGGCAUUGGGAACUCAGGCGGGGACCUUGCUGUGGAGAUAAGUCGCUCGGCACAACAGGUCUUUCUCAGCACUCGCCGAGGUGCAUGGAUACUGAAUCGUGUUGGGGAAGGAGGCUAUCCAGCAGAUGUGGUACUUUCUACUCGUUUUAACUUGUUACGGAAGAAGUGCGCAACCAUGUCCAUGCUGAAUUACUGGUUGGAGAGUCGUUUAAAUGCAAGAUUCAACCAUUCUCAUUAUGGCCUGAAACCUAAACACAGGGUUUUCAGCCAACACCCAACCGUCAACGAUGAGCUUCCAAACUGCAUCAUUUCAGGGAAGGUGCUGGUGAAACCAAACAUCUGUGAAUUUACUGAAACUGCUGUUGUCUUCGAAGAUGGCUCUAAGGAAGACGAUAUCGAUUUUGUUGUCUUUGCCACAGGAUACAGUUUCUCUUUUCCCUUCCUGGGAAACUCUGUGAGAGUCAUUGAGAACCAGACCGCCCUGUAUAAAUUUGUCUUCCCCCCACACUUGGAGCAGCCUACUCUAGCAAUCAUUGGCCUUGUGCAACCCCUGGGGGCCAUCAUGCCCAUUUCAGAGCUGCAGGCUCGCUGGGCAGUCCGUGUGUUUAAGGGACUUGCUAAGAUACCAUCAAUAAGUGGGAUGAUGUCGGAUAUCACCAGGACGUCAGCAGCAAUGGCUAAACGGUAUGUGAAGAGCCAACGCCACACCAUCCAAGUGGACUAUAUUGAGUACAUGGAUGAAUUGGCUUGUCUGGUGGGGGUCAAGCCCAGUGUAUGGCCUCUAUUUCUUUCUGACCCCAAACUGGCCUGGGAGCUUUUGUUUGGGCCAUGCACACCCUAUCAGUACCGCCUCGAAGGACCAGGGAAAUGGGAUGGAGCCAGGAAAGCCAUCUUGACGCAACACAACCGGAUCCUGAAACCCUUGAGAACAAGGCCUGUUGACAAUUCAAGCAGCAACACCUUCGUGCCCCUGUGGAUCAAGCUGGUUGGCCUUGUGGCGUUCUUGGCUGCAAUUUUUGCUUAUUUUUAAAUGCUGAAGAACAACAUUGUUUAAUAGAAAGAGGAAUUGGCUGAAACUGAUCAUAAAUCCCUCAAAACAAAUAAAUCCUGAGGAUCUGAUAGCUUCACUAAUGAAAUUUAUAAAUGUUUCAAAGAUACUUCAAUCCCUAUUUUGCACAGACCUUUCAAUUGAAUUUUAGACGGUAACCUCCUCCCCCCCGACACUUGCAAACUCUCCUGGAUUGCAGUUAUUCCCAAAUCUUUUAAAAACAUUUUUAAGGAACCCUAUUGUCCAAUUGCUCUUCUUAAUCACAAGUAUAAAACCUAAUUUCACAAAACAUUUUAAUACUAUAAUUAAAUUAAUUCAUGUGGACCAAUCAGGUUUUGUGCCAAACAUACAAUUAUAUGUAUAUUAAAUGUUAUUCAAAUUUGUCAGUCAAUUCAAUUAUACCUUACCUUUUUAUCCCUCAAUAUUUUUAAAGUGUGGGUUGUAAUUUUGUUAA